GGAUCCUGUGAUUAAUAAAAUUUAAUCCCAAAGCACACCACUGCAAGAUUUCGAGAUAGCAAGCGAAGCUCGUUUUGCGUAGAUUGGAUCAAAAAUUAAUAUUAAAAAGCUGAAAGUAGUCCGGUAAACAAUGACAUCGGGACGUCACUCCUUAGUCUCUCCCGUGAGCACUUAUGUGAUGUAAAGCACCCGAAACUUUGGGAAUUAACAUUAAGUUAAAUUAAGCGCGAUAAAAUCCGUUAAAUUAGUUUUAUUCAAUAUAAUUUAAUGGAUUAAAAAAACUUCAUUGUACAUAAAAAGUGUUUAUUUACCACAAUUUCACAGCCUGGAUAUAUACGUUGUAUUAUUGACGUAAACCAGUUUUUAACAUACUAGUCAACAACAAUUAUAACGUAUUACAAAAAAAAAUAGAAUAUAAUAUAUAAUAAUUGUCAUAAACUUAUGGUCAGGAAAAGGCGAUUAACCUCAUUUUAUACUGCAUAACCACCUAAGCUUGAUCUCUGGCACCAUCAAUCUGGUAUUACUUAUUAUGUUCUAAGGUUUAAAAAAAACAGAAUCAUAAGGAACCGGGACCGCAGGAUUGCAGUUAACACAUAUUAAAAAUCUUUUAGAGCAGUAACGAACUAAUUUUUAUACAAACGAUUUCCUUAAUAACAUUUUGUAAUUUUAAUGGGUACCGCAGAGUUACAUUUUAGGUCCAGUUUUAUAACUAUAAGUAACAAUAAAAUCUAUCACAGUUCAAGAAGAUACAUAUUUUAUUUAAUUGUGCACCUUAAAGUCAUGGUUAAGGUGUGAAAGCUUAUUCAAAAAUUGUGUUGAAACGUUCAUGACCCACACUACCGGAUGGUAGAAUCAAAAGUGUUGUAUUGUCCCAAGGUGAAUACCACAUACAAGCGAAGGGCAAGCGUAGUAUUUAGACGUGCAUCGUCUAGAAACUGCUGCAAGGCGUAAAUACAUAAGGGAUGCGAUCAGACGGCAUUGGGUGCAGCAGCGGCCAGUGUGGCAAUGCAGCUGUACAGCACUAGUGAAUGCUGAAAUGAAAAAAAAAAUACUUUUUAUUUUUUAAUGAACGAAAUCAUCUGCACUUUAUCAUAAUCGAAAAUAUUGUAGAUGUAGGUGUAAUGGCGUGUAAUGGCAGUGUAAAAAUAUCCACUACCCCAUAGUGACAGAGGGAACCUAAAUCAAGAUAUGGACAACUUACUAAUAACAACUAAAACAUAACUAUGACAACUAUGAAAAAUAUCUCCCUUAAUAGGCCAUCUAUGUGGAAGACCUAUGUUCAGUAGUGGACUUUUGAUAGUCUGGUAAGGGUAACGGUAAUUUGAAAAAUAUUUUUCACAAAAUUUUCCAUUUAUAAACUAUCCAUUUUUUGAAGUAUGUAUUUUUAUUAAGCGGAUAAAUGGCACAACAGAUUUGUAUGAGUUUUGGAUUUUGGUUCAUAGACGGACCGUACGUACGUAUUUUUAAAUUAAAUUAAUUGCUACGACCGUUUCCCGGAUUUACGUAUGAGGUUAAUGAACACCAAGUCAGCUGCUAUUUGAAAAAGCGUGUUUAAUAAUGAAUAGAAACUAUGAGGUCAUUGUUAUUUUUUGCUGUUUUUUUUUUUUAGAAAAAGUAAAAAAUACAUUUUACAUAAUAUAUAAUAACUGAAUAGGUGAAUGUUGGUGUCAUAAUUAAUUUUAUUAUACCAGCCGAUCACUAAAUAGUUUUGAUUUCAGGGUUUAAUUUCCAUACGUCCUUAUUCUCAAAUUCGUUGUCGAUUUUUACUAAGUACAUAUAUAUUAUUAUUUCACAUUUUAAAAGCACUUAGUAAUAACAAACCUCACUAGUGAAGGUACGUAUAACGUAAAUUAAUCUUUAAAAAAUAAUGCAACUGGGUUUCUUGCUGGUCCAUCGCAGGACAGAAAGUUUUUUUUCGAACCAGUGGUACAACUUAAAUGACUUUCAAUAAGUAUUCUUGUAACCUAUACACAAUAUUAAAAAACUAUAUUAAAAAAAAAAACUAAAACUAGUAACUUAAUUAUCAUAUAGUCCUACUCCCCGCGGUAUCAUGCCAAGAACGCUGAGUGCGUUUCCCCGCUAAAUGGCUAUACUUAGCCUUUGAGCGAAAAAAGAACCAGCCCUCUUAUCAUUAGCAGCAACAACCAGCCGUGGACCCCACGGACCGAUAGUCUCUAAAGUAAAUGGCUCAAGUAUGUAGUUAUCGCUCAGAGACUCAUAUUUGCGCCACUAACUCAGUUCAGCUGCCUCUGAUGCCACCCCGGCUCUAAACGAGGUGAAUCUAUAUUAAAUAAAAAAUAUUCUAUUAUUCUAUUUACGCUUAUUUUAUAAAUAGAAAAAUACUAAACAUCUCGUACAAAAAUCAUCAUCGGCAGUGCGGCUUUGUGUCAGUGCGGCAGCGGCUCGCGGCGCGUCUCGGGCAGCAGCAGCAGAGCCAGCGCUGCGGACAGCGCGCAGCCGCCGUACAACAGCGCCUGUACGCUCCGGCUCUGUGCACACCACAUACAAAACUCUCAACACACACGCGCACAACUUUAAACACCUAUAGCAGUUAUGUACGAUAAAUUAUCGAUCCAUUUUAUAGUCACUACAAGAUCAAUCGCACAAAGCUAUAUUGUGGUUGUAUCACGAACUGGUCACCUCAACCAGGGAAGGGCCUCGAUCUUACAGAAUACCGGCCUAAAACAGCAGCUUUAUGCAGCUGUGUUUCGUAUAGUGACUGUAGAGAACCGAUAACGCUUUUUACAUUCCAUAGGUAAAACAAACUUUUGAUAUACUUGUCAGUUGUCGUUUUCUCACAUAUAUCCUGAAGUAGAAUUAGAGGCUGCAGAAGAAAUGAAAGAUACAAAGACUUCUAUGUAUACUAUUAUUAUAUUAUAAUCACAAUUCAGAACUAAAACUGUGUAUGCGGGCAGGUUACUGGACUUUAUAAAAUAUCACGCAGUUGUGUUUUCAUUUACGACAGUUUUCAGACAAAUACGAAAUAAAGUUACAUACUUAUCUGAAAUAAACUUCAAAUCAUAUUGACCAAUUAUGUAUAAGUACCCAAAGACGUAUUAAAAAGAUAGACAGGUUACACACUAACAUUAUUGUAUUUUAAAGUGGCGCAAGUAGUACUAUAUCUACGUACAGUUAUUUAUUAUGACACCGUGCGCUAACAAAAAGAGACAAAUGAUACGGCACACCUAUCGUUAGAAAAAGAUGAAUAUACAUCAUUAGUUGCGUAUUGAUUGCUGCUGAGCGCUCAUUGGUGCAAGCGCGUUACAUACCGAUAUGGAAAUGAACACACUAGCUAGCGUCAAAGUUUACAUUAGCGGUUAGUGUUGAAAUAAUAAAACCAAUUAUGAACAAAAUAUAAAUAUAGAUGAUAUUCAAAAUAUUAAUGAGACGUUUUUCUUGUCUCUAACAGUUGUCUCUAGCCGUUUAAUUUGUGCACCACCUAAAAACACAGGAAGGCAUUUUUACCACGAAUAACUAGAAGAUUUACGCGCUGUAGCGAAGGUAUAGCCGCGACACGAUUGCGUGCCCGACUGAAUGCGAGUCGGGCAAUUACCUGACUUUCGUAUUGCCAUUUUAGAGCGAGUAUGACGUAUCCAUACUUUAAAAACAUCUUAGUUAGUACCAUAGUUCCGUCGUGCAUGUCGAGUAGUACACAAAGAUGUCUGUGAGCGAUGUGCAAUUUUUGAUCACUUUAUUACUUUUGCUGUUGCGCGUAAUCAUAGCACAACUUGGCAUUUUGUGUUAUUUAUUCAAUGUCCUUGCCUCCCCGAGGAAAGUAUGCGUAGGCAUUUCCCAUAUACGUAAGUACGUACAUAGUAAGUAUUGUAGUAAACAGAGAAGCAUGUGGGAAGAUGCUAUAAGUUACCAGCAGCGGUGUCUGUGGCGCCAGCACGGAGCCGAUGCGGCCCAGCAGCGAGACGGCGGACAGCGCGCGCGCCCGCACGCCCGUGGGGAACAGCUCCGCGCUGAACACGUACAGCGAGUUGAACGCACUCGUCGCUCCCAGCUUGCCCGCGAAGUACAGCCCCAGACCCGUGCCCACGUGCGCUGUGAAGUCAAUAAAUUUGAAUUCAAUAAAUUAAGUACGUACCAGAUAUUAAACUAUUGCCCCCUAAAUAUAUUGAGAACUAUACAGAUAAUAUAAUAAAGUAUACAGAUAACCUGUAUUUCUAGAAUACUCACAUAUAAAAAAUGGCGCAAUGCAGGCAACACCGCAUACAAGGAACGAAGCGAGUAUGCUCUUCUUUCUUCCGAAUCGCUCGAGCGCCAUCAUGAUGAGCAGUGACGCGACGAUCUCCAUAGCCAUGUUGAGCGCGAAGUUGAUGUACUUGUCCCCGGAGAGAGCGACCGAGUUGAUAGUGAGCCCGUAGUAUAUAAAAGCAGCCGCUGCCCAGCACCAGCCGCACGCCGCCAGCUUCACCACCAGCGCCCGGGUCUUCACCAGUGCCAGCCAUGACACCUGAUUUUUCUCUUCUUGUUUAUUGUCCCUUGCCCCAAUUGCUUUUAGUGUUUCCUCAUUUAGGGUCACCUGAAAAAACAUUUUUAAUUAUUAUUUGUUUGUGUUGGUGUCAAGUACUCUAAUCGAUAUCGAUUCCUAUCAAUAGUCCAUUGCUGAACAACGUCCACCCCAUAGAUUGCCUCAUAGGCAGGAUAUCUGCCAUAGUUGCCACGAUUGGCAAGCGGUUUAUCAACCACAGUUUUUAAUAUUAUUUUGCUGUUAUAAAAAAGACGCUGCUGCCCAUCUUCUGGUAAAGUUUCCCUCUGGUGACUCUUACAACACCGACAUAAGGUAGUGGAUACUCUGACGCCGCCACUACAGGGCCUUUUCAUCAUAAAUGCUAAUAGAUUAUUAAAAUCAUUAUGUACAGUCUAUCAAAAAGUCCACAACUGAUAUACUGACUGAGGUGUAAAUUUUUGGCCCUUCACAAGUCCACUGCUGAACAUAGGCCUCCCCCAAGGAAUGCCACAAAGCACAGUCCUGAGCCCACCACAUCCAAACAAAUUUACUAUCAAAAUAUUUCACCUAGUUCUAAAGUUGUGCCGCCCUGGUGGCAGGAAAAGUCAUAGAUGCUCUCAUUGGCUGAACAUGAUUUCUGCGUCUCUUAUUAUUCGUUAGACACGUUCUGUCUAUCUUAGUUUGUUGGUCAGAGAUGAUAAGUGAAAAUGUACCAUAUUCCACCUUGCGACUUUACGCAGUACCACGACGGCUUCAUCUUGCCUGGUGGUCGCGAAGGGCCAGAGCGGCAGCAGAUCGUGAUCUGUCUAUCUAACAUUGUUUACAGAGAUGAUAUGUGAAACUGUACCCUAUUCCACUUCGCGGCUUUACGUAGCACCGCGAUGGCUUCAUCUUGCCUGGCGGUCGCGUGGAGCCAGCGUACGCUGUCGUCCAGCAGCAAGCAGUAGAGCGGCAGCAGCAGCGCGGGUGUGUGCAGCGCUAGCAGCAGCUGACGCCAGCGAUGGAGCCGAUGCGCAGCCAGAGCUAGCAGUGCUCCGCCCACCCCAUAAGCCACGCCAGUCGCGCACGCGAACGACGCGCGCAGCGAUGGACGCGCUAGCUCCACCACUGUAACAUAAAAGGGGUCCGCUUCUCUACACUCACCAUACGAAACGCAGCAGCAUUAAGGGGCUACUCCAUGCGAACGAACUUGAGCAUUUGGUGUGCCGCGCCGACUCGCUACAAUAUAUCGUUUAAGAAAUAUGUAAGACGCCACCUACUGUACGAACGUAGUAUAUGUAUUUUUUCAACAUCUAUAAACUAUUUUAUGGAAAUACACAAAGCGU